AUGUCGCAGCCCCGCAAGUCCGUCUCGAGCAGGCGGCGCUCUGCCGUCGAGAAGUCCGAGUCAACUACGCCGACACCAGCACCCAAGGACCCUUCGAAGGUUGCGAGCUCGUCGAAGAUGACGUUAGACAUGCCGCCGCUCGAUGUGCCCGAUUCCAUUACGUGGGACUUCACACCGCCAGAACAUCGACCAGUGCAGGAGCUGAGCGAGGACGACAAGGACCGCCUGAUUCAUGAGCUCCUGAACUUUGCGCCGUUCAACGUUCUACACGACAUUGCAGAGCACGCACGAUCACUGAUCUAUCCGACCGUCACGAGUGUGGAGCAAUGGGCGCAGAUGAUGUCGUCCGGACGACCAGAGUUUGAGCGUGAGGCCGAGGCAGGCUCGUAUGCCCUUGAGACGCUGCUUGAGCAACAGGUAGACAAGGCGUUCGACAAGUUCACCGCGUACGCGCUACGUAACAUCUUUUCCGUCCCGGACGGCGUCGAGCUCGUGAUGCCCUGGCACAAAGGCAUCGACUUCACGCGCGCGCAGCACGUCGUGGACAACGGCGGCGAAGAGGUGUUACAGGGACGACUCGACGAUCUGCGCGCCAAAAUUGAGCAGGCUAGAUACACGCGGCACCGGCUGAUUAUGGCCGAAGCCGUGCUGGACAAGAAGCUGCGCAUGGCCGAGAUGCGCCGGAAGGAAGUCGGAUUCGUGAACGAUUUGAUCGUCGAGGCCGGGCUGCACCCGCUUAACGAGCACACGCGCAGCAUCGCCUCGUCACUCUCCUCUCUGCACUCGCAACUGGCGUCCCUCGACCCGGCCGACGUGCCCGUGCCGACGACAGGCAGCGAGACGGAUGCCUGGGAAGCAGGGCGACAGGCGUACCUCCGCUGGGCCCUCGGACGUGCGAUGGCGGAACACGGCGACCGGGGCGCGGACGAACUCGCCCAGAUCGAGAAGGAAGUCAAGGAGGUCGGCGACGUGGCGGAUCUGGAGGCGCAGGUUCGGCGGUAG